AUGGCCAAAUCUAUGGCUCUAUGCCUGACUGUGCUCCUGGCCGUAACCCUUGUCCAGGCUGAGGUUCAGGUCAAGGCCGCCGCCAUUCCCGUUGAGGUCAAGGAGCAGCCACAGCUGGCAGCCAUCGAGCAGUCCACGGAGUCACCUAUUGCCGACAUGGCGCUGAUUGAGGAUGCACCCAUGGUGCCCAAGAUGCCCAAGAUGCCCACCGAGAAGCCACCAAUGGCAGCCACACUGCAGGCAAUGGAGAAAUCGAGCAAUCCGCAACCUCACACCGUUGCCGACUUCAUCAUUCAUCCAUUGAUUGCGUUUAAGCCACGUCCGGGAGCACUCGAUGAGUUGCAGGCACAGGGUAAGCAGGCAACUCCUGGCGCAACGGGAGGCACAUCCUCCUCGCCCAGCACUUGGCUGUUUGGCAUGAAUCCCGGCCAGGGCUUGGGCUCAUCUUUCUCAACACUGGCUGGCUCCGUUUCCGGUUGGUUCAACGAUCGUCUGGCUGCUGCCGGACAGCAGCUGCCGGGCUUGAACGGACUGGUGGAGACACCAGUGCGCGACACCGCCAGCACAAGCAGCACCACAAGCACCACCACCCAGCGUCCGGACAUUGUUGUGCGCGUCCAGCAGCGUCCCAACAGGAGGCGGAUCAAUGCGAAUGGCAAUGGCAAUGGUAACAAGAAUAAGAACCGCAAUGGCAACAGCAAUCGUGUCCAGCGUCCAAAUCGUUUCAAUAAUCGCCUGGAUUCCUUGGAGUCGGAUGAGUACGAUGAUGAUUACUUCAAUGGCAAUCGCUACGAGGAGCAGUUCGAUGACGAUGAGCAGCAGGACGACCAGGAUGAGGACGAGCAGGAGGUAGAGGUCGAUCCCAGCGCAGAUGAUCAGUCGCUCGAGCAGCUUGAUGAUGAGGAAGACGAGCAGCCGACAAAGCGUCGUCGCAUCAACCAAUCCCAGACAGCGCUGCGACCCAAGCCGCAGUCAGCGUCGCAACGUGGACAGCCGCUGGCAUUGCUGGAGCAGGCCGAGGAUGAGGAGGAGGAGGAGGAUGACGAUGUGGAGCAGGAGACGGAGGAUGACGACGAUGAUGUGGAGGAGAGCGAUGAGAGCUUUGCUCCCGUUAUCUACACUCAAUCCUCGCGCAAGUCGCAGGGUCAACCCGGCUUCAUUCAGAAUCGACAACAGAGCUUGAUCAAUCAGCUGCGUAGAUUCACCUUUGGCCAGACUCCUGGUGAGCUGGGCAACAAGCUGCGCAAGUCUCAAUCCCCAUCCCAAUCCCAGCUGCAUUCCGGCCAAAGCCCCGCCAGAGCCGGAGCACGUCGUCCGCAGCAGGCGACGCUGCUGGUGAAUCGCAAUGGUCAGACAGUGUAUGUGGCACCCGAGCUCUUGGAUCUGGCUCCUGGCUAUCCCUAUGGCUAUGCAGCAGCGCCCGUUAGGAAGCAGCAACGUCUGCCCGCCACCCCGUACCCCCAGCCGCCAUUGACCGUGCCCGUGCGUCGCAAGGGACGUCCCACCCAGUACAUAACCAUACCCUGGAGUCAGCUGGGCUUGUCGCCGCCCGACCGCCAGUCCGUGGUGUCUCUUGCCGAGGGCAUUCAGUCCCAGCCGCUGAUUCUCAACAUACCAGAGAGCGCCAUCAGUUCCGUGCCUGUGCGAGGAUCCAGCUCCGGCAACAGUCAGAAGAAGAAGAAGCGUCCCACGCUGACUGCCUCGGCGGUUCCCCUCUUGGCGGAUGCCUCCCUCAUGGACAUCUUUCAGCCACCACAGAUUCCACCAUCCCGCACCGGCUCCAACUCCGGUUCCGGCUCCGGCACCAGCAACGUGACAAAGCCAAAGCCCAAGCCAGUGCUGAUUUCCGCCAAGCCCGUUCAAACUGGCGGCUUGUUGCCCACACGCAUUCGUCCCGGCACCAUUGUGGAGAAGGCACCCGCAAUGGACUCUACCGAGAUGUACUCCGCCGCCCCGGCAGCUCAGGUCGAGCAGCAGCAGCAGAAGGAAAGCUCCGAUGCCAUGGACGCAGUGACUGCUGCCCCCGUCAAUAUGAAUGCCGAGAUGCCCAUGGUUGCCGCUGGACAGGCGCUGCCCGAGCAGGAGUACAUCAUUGUCGGGGAGGACAAUGAGCCGGGACUGUCGCGUCAUGUGCAGCCCGCUUUUGGGGAUGCUCGUUAUGUGUCCUACGGCGAUUUUCAGCCGUAUUUCGAUCUGAUCCAACAGAAUCGUCGAUUUGCUCUGCGCAAGGCGGGACGUGGCCUCCAGGCGGCUGAUGAGACGCCCAUUGUCCAAGUCUAGUUGUAAAUUCGAGAGAGCAAACUGAGAGUUGAAAAAUGAAACAAAG